UUCAUGUGGGAGAGAUCUCUGAAUCUGGAGAAUUUGUUUUAAUGGAAUAUCAAAAUGGAGACUGAGUUUGUUAGUUAAAAUUGUUUUUUUGGAGAAAAAUGGAGAGUAACUGCGAGCGAAAAACGAAAGCAAUAGAUGCGUCUGUUGGAGGACUUGUCUGGGUAAGGCGUCGAAAUGGGUCAUGGUGGCCCGGCCGGAUAAUGGGUCUCGAUGAAUUGCCAGAGAGUUGCUUGGUUUCGCCGAGAUCGGGGACUCCCGUGAAGCUCCUGGGAAGAGAGGACGCUAGCGUGGACUGGUAUAAUCUUGAAAAGUCGAAGCGGGUGAAAGCGUUUCGUUGUGGGGAGUAUGAUGAGUGUAUUGAAAAAGCAAAGGCUUCUGCAGCUAAUCUUGGCAAGAAAGUUGUGAAAUAUGCACGCAGGGAAGAUGCCAUUCUUCAUGCUCUUGAGCUUGAAAGUGCUUGCAAAGGUAAUACACACCAGGAGUUUUACUUCCAAAAAGAUGAAUCAGCUGGUGUGGAACAUGAUAAUUGGGUUGGAAAAUCACAAAAGAUGUUUGAUCUGGGCAAUGAAAACGAGUUUGUGGCUGGGAAUGUGAGUGCCAUUGAAGGAAGUUCAACACAAGAAUUAUCUCAAUCUGGGCUAUCAUUUGAAGAUCCAAAUCGCGUUGGUAGCCCUAAGUUACACUCAAUGCAGAAAAAGAAACGAAAAACCCCCAAUGAUUCAGAGGAUGACGAAACUGAAAAAACUAAGCGUAUGAGAGGUCUUGAGGACCUCGGGAUGGGAGUUGUAUCAAAAGGAAACUCCAAUAUUUGUCACACUGAUCCGUCACCUGAGCAAGUUCAUCUAGAUGGUGCUUCACUCAGUGAGUCUAAUAUUGUUAAUAGUUUCUCUAAUGGAAGUCCUGUCAAUAGCAGCAGGGAUUACUGCCCAUCCUUGAGAAAAAGGAGAUCACAAGUGGCAAAUGUUUAUGAAAGCUUGAAAAAGAAAAACCGGCGUCGUCCGCUAAUAAAGGUAUUGGAGAGUACAGCCAUGGUGGCUGUUCCUGUUGUUUGUGAUCAAGGUGCCAGUCCAGGUGGAUCAUCUCUUCAAGAACUAACAGACAGCAAGGUUUCUGCGUUAGAAUCAACCGAGUCAAAAAAGACAAGCGUUUCAGCAGUAUUCAAUAAUAAUUCAGACAGUACUGUGGUGUCAUGUGAGAAAGAAACAUCAGUAAAUGCUUCUGAUCACACUUGUGAUGCUGGAGUUGAUGCUUUCCCUUUUCAUUGUGAGAUGAGGGAUAAUGAAUUUUCAAGCGCUUCAGAAUUCCCUGAUAAUAAUUGCUCUGACAGCUUAUUUGAUGUUCCAUUUGUUCGGGAGGAAAAACAUACUGGAGGUUUUUCUCCUUUGAUCGCAUGUUCAUCCAGGAAGCUCCAAUCUGGUGCUGGAGCCAGGGGAUCUAAUCAUUACUCCCAAGUUCGAACCAUAUCUUUAAGAACUGAAGGUCUUGAUGAAUCUGGUUCCACCUGUGUAGCUGCUCAUGCCAAUAAUGUUUGCCAGAGGAUAGAAAAAGGGACAUCGAAAUGGAAGUUGAAAGGCAAGAGAAAUUCAAGAAACCUGAGUAAGAAAAUGAAUAAACAUUUGGACUCAAGGAGGCCCAGGGACGCUGACGAUCGACCAGAUGGUUAUUUGGUGGGUAUACAGCACAUGGAUGAGUGCUCCCAAUUGGCCAAGUCCAGACUGGUUCCAGAAGGCCUGGGGGAUAGGUCCCAUCAUAAUCAUUUGAGCUAUGAAAUAUCUCAUAGGGAAAUGCAGAUAGGACAGUCCAGUAGUUACUUGGAUUCCAGCAAAUAUAGGAGACACAAAUUGGGAGGUAAAGAUGUUUCCAUCUUGACAAUAGACGGGGAAAAAGGGCAAUAUUUAUCUCAUGAGAAGUCUCUAGUGGGUAAAUCAAUGACACAUAUGAGAAGUAAAGAGCCACUCUUGACAAGGCGUAUGCCUGUUUCUCCUCUGACAACUCAAAGGUUACUUCCCCAGUUCCACUCUCAUUUUACACCAUACUCCAGAUAUCAAAUUGCAGAUGCACCCAUUAGGAAUGUUUCUGGUGGUUCUUCCUUAUAUGAUGUAAAGCUGGAUGUGCGUGCUAGCUACCGGGGUCAGCAUGUACCUUUGGUUUCACUCAUGAGCAAAUUGAAUGGUAAAGCUAUUGUAGGUCAUCCCAUCACAGUUGAGGUGUUGGACGAGGGUUACUGCGAUCUCUUAGUGGGUAAUAUCGACUGCUGCCCAGAAAGUAGCAGUUGUGAACUAUAUGAUGCCCAACGAGAAAAUAUACUGGACCGUUCAACAGAUGUCCCUAAUAAAUCAUUGCUUCUGGAUGGGGAUGAAGGUACUGGUGGUGCAUUGCAGGUUCUUACCAGUAAUGCAGUUCAAUCCCAUGUGGAAUAUCCAAGGAACCCUGUCAAACAUUUGACCGGUCAACACAGUUUAUCACCUAAAAAGUAUCCCAAGGCUAGGAAAGGUGGGAUCCUGUCUAAGAAGACUCGCAGAUUGUCUUCGUUUGCUGUUACUCAGCCAGGUGAGGACAAUAGGAAACCGGUUGUUGAGAAGCUGGGAGGACCUGUUAUUGCUUGUGUUCCCUUGAAGGUUGUGUUCAGUAGGAUAAAUGAAGCUGUGAACAGUUCAUCACGUUCAGCACAUCGUGGUCCAACAUCAGACAACCCAUGAUGCCAAGACAUUGUGAUAUUGCUUUCUCAAUGGAUCUGGUGCAGCAGGAAUUGUGCUUUUUUUGGUUCAUAGGGAUAAUGAAUGGAGCCUGGUUUUGGCAUUUCAUUCCCAUGCGAUCAUUGCGUUUAAGGUAUUUUAGCAUUGUAAAUGCUGUCUGAUGGUAGAAAUAUUUCUCUUCUUGAAUGUACCCAAAUUUGAAUCUUGUAGAUUUAACUCUUUGGAUCAUUGAUACAGGACAAUUAGAUUAGGCUGUAGUGCCAUUGUAUAUGAUGUAAUAUUAUUUUCUAGUGUAAAGAUGAUCCGAUUUUGGAUUUUAGUUGAUGAAAACUGAAAAAUCAGUUUCCUUCU